AUGCAGUCUAGCGCUCUCUGGCGGCGCGACGAUUCCACGGAUCAAUUUCUCAAACUCAUCCAGAAUCCUUUCAAAUCCGCCUUUCAAAUUAACGCCGUCUGGGCCUCGUUGGCCACCUCCGCCGCCUUCAGCGUCCUCCUUGCCCUCCUAUUCUCGCUCUUCAGACCUCGUCACUCCCUCGUCUACGCGCCCAAAGUCAAGCAUGCGGACAAAAAACAUACCCCGCCACCGGUGGGAAAGAGCUUCUUUGCCUGGCUCAAGCCCGUGGUGCGCACCAAAGAGCCCGAUCUAGUCGACUGUGUCGGGCUCGAUGCCACCAUGUUUAUCCGAUUUGCCAAAAUGUGCCGGAACAUUUUCAUCUUCCUGAGCAUCAUCGGUUGCGGUGUCAUGAUUCCUUUGAACCUCACGCAGAGCCAAGGCAACACCGUCUCCCAGUAUGGCGCCUUUGCGACGAUGACCCCGCUCUAUGUCAGCACCGACGCUAUCUGGGGUCAGGUUGUUUGCGCCUGGCUGUUCGAUAUCAUCGUGGUCUUCUUCUUGUGGCGGAACUACAAGGGCGUUUUGUCUUUGCGCAGAAAAUACUUUCAGAGUGCCGAUUAUCAGCGCAGUCUCCAUGCGCGUACACUGAUGAUCACCGAUAUCCCACCGUCAGCACGUUCGGACGAAGGCGUUCUGCGUUUGACGGACGAAGUCAACCCGACAGCUGCCCUCCCCCGAGCCGCCAUUGGCCGUAACGUGAAGGAUCUACCCCGUCUGAUCAAGGAACACGACGAAACGGUGCGACAACUCGAAUCCGUGCUGGCCAAGUAUCUCAAGCGACCCGAUCGACUCCCGCCCAAUCGUCCGACCAUGACCCCGCACCGGAAAGAUAGAAAUGAGCACCCGAGCGGCAAGGUGGAUGCCAUUGAUUACUUGACAAGUCGUAUUCAGCGAUUGGAAGAAGAGAUCCGACAUGUUCGGUCUUCUAUAGAUAGACGCAACGCCAUGCCUUUUGGCUUCGUCAGCUGGGAUAUGAUCGAGCAUGCGCACGCUGUGGCAUAUAACGCACGCAACAAGCACCCUCAAGGCACGACUAUCGCCCUGGCCACUCGCCCAGACGAUCUGAUCUGGGAGAACCUCCCUCUGUCCAAGGGCGCACGGAGGUGGAAACGAUUCCUCAAUGCGAUUUGGGUGUCGCUCUUGACAUUCGUGUACAUCGUGCCUAACGGAUUGAUUGCUAUCUUUCUGUCCAAUUUUUCGAACCUGGGUCUAGUGUGGCCCGCAUUCCAGACAUCACUCGAUGCCAAUCCCAAGGUUUGGGCCGCAGUUCAGGGUAUCUUGUCUCCCGCCAUCACAUCUCUUGUCUACCUCGUUCUGCCCGUCAUCUUCCGACGGCUGGCAAUUCGGGCGGGCGACGUCACUAAGACCUCUCGCGAGCGUCAUGUGCUUGGCCGGCUUUACUCGUUCUUUGUAUUCAACAACCUUAUCGUUUAUUCCCUCUUCGCUGCCGCCUGGACAUUCGUCUCCGCUGUCAUCGAUGCCCAGAAGACCGACAACAACGCUUGGAAAGCCAUCCAGGAUGGACAGUUCUAUGAGAAGAUCGUGAGUGCCCUGUGCAACGUGUCUCCCUUCUGGGUGACCUAUUUAUUGCAGCGAAAUCUGGGUGCCACCAUUGAUCUGGUUCAAUUGGUUACUGUCUUCUGGGUAUGGUUCUCCAAGACGUUCCUCUCGCCUACCCCUCGCCAGGCUAUUGAGUGGACAGCUCCGCCAUCUUUCGAGUAUGCCAUGUAUUACAACUACUUCCUCUUCUACGCUACCGUCGCGCUUUGCUUCGCGACACUACAGCCCAUUGUGCUACCCGUCACCGCGCUCUACUUUGGGCUGGAUGCAAUGAUGAAGAAGUACAUGCUGAUGUAUGUGUUUGUGACGAAGACCGAGUCCGGCGGUCAAUUCUGGCGCGUUCUGUUCAACCGCAUGGUUUUUGCGGUUAUCUUGUCCAACACCGUCAUCGCCUUUGUGGCUAAAGCCAAGGGUACUUGGACCAUGGUUUAUUGUGUGGUUCCGCUGCCGUUCAUGAUGCUCGGCUUCAAGUAUUAUUGUAUGAGGAAAUUCGAUUCUGACAUCACCUACUACAACCGCGCAAACCUCACGGAUGCCGAGGCCCUGGCAGUCAGCAAACCGAACAAGAAGGCAUCUGAGCGGCUAAACGCCAAGUUUGGCCAUCCCGCCCUCUACAAGCCCCUCAUUACCCCGAUGGUGCACGCCCGGGCUGCGGAAGCGCUGAAGCGUAUCUACAGCGGUCGUCUGGGAACUGCCGACGCCGAGGGUGAAUACUCAGACAUUGCCAUGGAUGCCAUGUCGACGGCCCACCCGGGAAAAUCUAUGAUGGACGCUACGGGCCCGGCGCCUUUCGAAGUCGUCCCCGAAAAUCAUCUAGACUUCUCCUACUACAAGGACCGGCCGGAUUUCAGGGACGAGUUUGGCGGUGGUAUCUAUGGUCGUCCGGACGAUGUGUUUACCGAACGCUCGCAUACGCCCCGGAGUGCAUUGGGUGAGUGGUCGCCCACCUCUUCGCGCGCCUCGUCCCCGACCCCAUCGGUGCCGUCUCUCUCCGGAUUGAAACCGCACGAUAGCUACGAUCCGACCGCCUACGACCACAUCCAUCCUGCCUUCCGUGUUCCCGCACCCAUAGGAGGCAGCGGACUCUAUCAGCAGCGUAACGAGAGUGAGACGGAGCUGCUUGCUCAAGCACAACAGCCGGCAGUUCCGGAGAUGGCCACGCCAUUGGACCGCUGGCGGACGAGAGGUUACGGUCCUGUCGAGCAGGAUGAUCCUACCUUCACCUCGUAUGAGCACUACCGAAUGCCACACUAG